AUGGUUCUCCUGCGGGGGGUGAGCUGGCUGAAGCAGGCCGUCCUCCGAGCUCCCGUCCUGGGACACAUGUCAGCGGUGGAGCCCCUGUGUGGAGCUGAGCAGCAUGUGUGCGACCCUCACCGCUCCCUCAGUCUGGUCCCACACAGAGACCCACUCGGCCUCCAGACCAGGACCAGGACUAGCGGCUGUAAACCAGCGAGACCCGGUCUGACUCUGAGUCGUGCUCUGAACCAGGACUUGGGGCCGUUAUCUGUGGAGCAGAUCCAGGAGCCGAGAGGGGCCAAGGUCUGCCGACCUCACCAGCAGAAGAUCAGUGAAAAAGCACGAGAGAAGAAGGUUCCUGUGACUCGUCUCGGACGUCUGGUCAACUUUGGAGGUCUGGCAGUGGGACUUGGUGUUGGUGCUCUCACAGAAAUGGCAAAAAAAUCUUUCAAACCAAAACAACAAAGGCAGAAGGCUCCGGUCCUGGACUCCAGCCCGUUCCUGACUGAAGCCAACGCAGAGAGAAUCGUGAGAACUCUGUGUAAAGUGAGAGGAGCCGCUCUGAAGCUGGGACAGGUCCUCAGUAUCCAGGAUGAUGCCUUCAUUAGUCCACAUUUGGCCAAAGUCUUUGAGAGAGUUCGACAGAGCGCAGACUUCAUGCCCACCAAGCAGAUGAUGGCGGUGCUGGUGUCAGAGCUCGGGCCUCACUGGAGGCAGAAGCUCCAACACUUUGAGGAGAAACCUUUCGCUGCGGCUUCGAUUGGACAAGUUCAUCUGGGACGACUUCAGGACGGAAGAGAAGUGGCCAUCAAGGUCCAGUAUCCUGGCGUGGCUCGCAGCAUCAACAGUGACGUCCGGAACAUCAUGGGAGCACUGAGUCUAAUCCGAGCUCUACCUGAAGGUCUGUUCCCGGAGCACCUGGUGGAAGUCCUGAGCCGGGAGCUGGCUCUGGAGUGUGACUACAUCCGAGAGGCCGAGUGCGUCAACAAGUUCAAGGACCUCCUGAAGGACCACCCGUUCUUCUCGGUUCCUGAUGUGAUCCCAGACCUCAGCAGUCGACAGGUUCUGACCCUGACUCUGGUCCCUGGAUUUCCUCUGGACAAAGCCUCCGACCUGGACCAGGAACUCAGGAACCAGAUCUGCUCCCACAUCCUGCGCCUGUGUCUCAGAGAACUGUUUGAGUUUCGCUUCAUGCAAACGGAUCCAAACUGGUCCAACUUCUUCUACGACCCUCGCUCUCACCGGGUGUAUCUGUUGGACUUCGGAGCGUCUCGAGGUUUUGACAAAAGCUUCACAGAUGCGUACAUUGAGGUGAUCAAAGCAGCGGCGGAUCAGGACCGAGACCGAGUCCUGCUCAAGUCCAGAGAGAUGAGGUUUCUCACAGGAUUCGAGACCAAGUCGAUGGAGCGUGCUCACGUAGACGCCGUCAUGAUCCUCGGCGAGGCCUUCUCUUCGUCUGCGCCUUUUGACUUUGGCGCCCAGAGCACGACGGAGCGGAUCCACCGCCUCAUCCCCACAAUGCUCCACCAGAGGCUGACUCCGCCCCCAGAGGAGACCUACUCCCUGCACCGCAAGAUGGGAGGGGCCUUCCUCAUCUGCGCCAAACUCAGGGCCAAGAUCCAGUGCAAGGACAUGUUCCAGAGCACCUACCGGGACUACUGGGGACCUGUGUGA